GUUAGCCCGGGGAGCGCCAGGCAGCUGAGGCGGGGGGCAAGCCCUCCCGCAGAGGAGCCGCGCCCCCGGCCCCGCCGGUCCGCCGCGAUGCUGUUCCACAGUCUGUCGGGCCCCGAGGUGCACGGGGUCAUCGACGAGAUGGACCGCAGGGCCAAGAGCGAGGCUCCCGCUAUCAGCUCCGCCAUCGACCGCGGCGACACGGAGACGACCAUGCCGUCCAUCAGCAGUGAUCGCGCUGCGCUGUGCGCCGGCUGCGGGGGCAAGAUCUCGGACCGCUACUACCUGCUGGCGGUGGACAAGCAGUGGCACAUGCGCUGCCUCAAGUGCUGCGAGUGCAAGCUCAACCUGGAGUCGGAGCUCACCUGUUUCAGCAAAGAUGGAAGCAUCUACUGCAAAGAAGACUACUACAGGAGGUUCUCUGUGCAGCGCUGCGCCCGCUGCCACCUGGGCAUCUCGGCCUCGGAGAUGGUGAUGCGAGCUCGGGACUUGGUUUAUCACCUCAACUGCUUCACGUGCACCACGUGUAACAAGAUGCUGACCACAGGUGACCACUUCGGCAUGAAGGACAGCCUGGUCUACUGCCGCUUGCACUUCGAGGCGCUGCUGCAGGGCGAGUACCCCGCGCACUUCAACCACGCGGACGUGGCGGCCGCGGCGGCGGCAGCUGCCGCUGCCAAGAGCGCGGGGCUGGGCGCAGCCGGGGCCAACCCUCUGGGUCUUCCCUACUACAAUGGUGUGGGCACAGUGCAGAAGGGGCGGCCGAGGAAGCGCAAGAGCCCCGGCCCCGGGGCGGAUCUGGCGGCCUACAACGCUGCGCUGAGCUGCAACGAGAACGACGCGGAGCACCUGGACCGCGACCAGCCCUACCCGAGCAGCCAGAAGACAAAGCGCAUGCGCACCUCCUUCAAGCACCACCAGCUUCGGACCAUGAAGUCUUACUUUGCCAUUAACCACAACCCUGACGCCAAGGACUUGAAGCAGCUCGCGCAAAAGACGGGCCUCACCAAGCGGGUCCUCCAGGUCUGGUUUCAGAACGCCCGGGCCAAGUUCAGGCGCAACCUCUUACGGCAGGAAAACACAGGCGUGGACAAGUCGACGGAGGCGGCGCUGCAGACGGGGACGCCGUCGGGGCCGGCCUCGGAGCUGUCCAACGCCUCGCUCAGCCCCUCCAGCACGCCCACCACCCUCACAGACUUGACUAGCCCCACCCUGCCGACUGUGACGUCCGUCUUAACUUCUGUGCCUGGCAACCUGGAGGGCCACGAGCCUCACAGCCCCUCGCAAACGACUCUCACCAACCUUUUCUAAUGACUCGCGGCCCCCAGCCCCCGCCUCCGCCCCACAAUUUCUUUAAAAAAGAAAUUAUCUUUAGUUGAAUUCCAAGUGUAUUUUAAAAUAGAGGCUUUGAGCAACUAACUAACCACAUUUUAGGAUCUCGCCUGGAAACUGAGGAAGAAAAUAAUUGCGCGCCCGGCUGACGCAGUGGUGUGGACUGAGGAAUUACUUGGAAGAUCUGUCUGCAACACAACAUUUGUGUCUCUGUACAGUUUUGUGGACUGAGCGAGGAAAAACAACAAAUAAUUUAAGUUGGCUAGAGCUUCUGUAUUUUCAAAGACUGCCACGUGCCUUAGGAAUACUGUUUUAUCUCCAUACUUUGGAUGACUUGUUCAUUUUUCUCUCCCUCUUUUUCUCUCUGUAUAUUUAUGACCAGAGCAAAAAAUGUAAAAAAAAAAAAAAGUUUGUUACUUUGAAUAGUCCUAAAAAGAAAAAAAAAGGAAAAAAAAUCAAACCCCCUCCAACGGUCGCUUUGUUGUUUUAGAAUUUUAAGGUGGAAGUCUGUUCGAAUACCAGAAUUUGUAAAAUCUAACCAGUAAUAAAACCACUUAUUGAAACU